CGCGUUAUUAUUAUCCCUCAUAAAACAAUGCACAACGACGCCGAGCAGCCUCAUCUGUACCAUAUCAGGGGCCGGACUGCCUGGUCCGGGACAUAUCGUCCCGUGAGAGGAACCCUCAUGUUCCUUUCUCGCACUAUCCCCCAGGGUUUGAACUAGACGAACGAGCGGUUCCGCGGGCGUCCAAUCCAUCGACGAUUUGGCGCAGCGUCAGAGCCACUAGUCUGUACUCAGAAACAAAGCCCAAAGAGGCAACCGAAUAUCUCGACUUCGAACUGAUCUCUCUCUGAUGGAUCCCCUGUCGGGACCAUGGACUGGGCGCAGGGGCUCGAUUGCUGUUUGUACACCGCGGCAGAUUCCAAAUUAUGCCGCGACUCUGACGAACAACCAUCUUCUGCAACGAUGGCCUCAUACUAGUCUGAGACGCAGUCCUCCGAGAAGGCUGAAUUUCCUGUCCAACGCUCUAACCGAAAAGCUAAUCUCCUCGCCUUGAUGCACCUAGUCGGGAUGUGAACAUGGACCAAAUUCCGCAUCAAGGGAAGGAGGCGGCGUACGAGGCGCAAGGAAAAGUCAAAUAAUUUUCGAGUCAUUGGACAAAGCAUCACGGAAACAUACAAAGCACGACGGAUUCGGAUUUUGUGGCCGGCCGGCUCGGUCGCUGUUGACACCAAGCCAGGCAAGAGCAGGCUGAAAUUACUGUCUCCAGUAUUCGUGUAAUAAUGAUCAACUUAAGCAAGAAAGAUUGUGUAUUUGUAUCACCAAGGAGGCAACAUCAUGCGAACAGCGCCUCGGGCACGCAGAACACAAAUGCGACGUUCAAGAUUCACGCUUUGCCCGCGGAAACAUCGUGGAAUCGAUACUCACCGCAAGCUGCGACCACGGCCGGAAAGGGUCAGGGUCGGGGUAACUCCAGUACAUUACAGAUUCAUCAGUCCCUUACCCGAGUACGAAUACAAUAUUGAAUGUGGUGGACAACAAAACCAAAUAUUAACGCGCUUGACUGUUAUUGAUGCACCGUAUCCGAGAAAAAAGGGGCCGUCUUUUGAACGAUGUUUCAUGUUCUUGCCUCACUGUACGCGAGUCGAGACUACUACGCCAACUACGUAGUACUCUUCCUUCGGCUCCGACAGACAGGCAAAUCAGAAUGCGAGAUGGCCCUUUUGAUCGCCGCUGAUGCUUGACCACAAUACAAUCUCCAACCUCCUGGAGGCGCAGUUCAUUGUCCCAUCGUCAUCUGCGAUAGCGGGGUGCUUUGAUUGAACAUCAGUCAGCCAGCCGGCCGGCCGGCCAUUCCCUGCUUGGUUAUUCACCUCGUCUGAGCCUCCUCAUCGAGAUAGUCACGCCGUACCGCAACGCGGACACGUCUCGUGAAGAACGUGGUAUCAAUGGUAACAGCAGCUGGACGAGGCUGCGCGCGCUUCUGUCAUUGUCAGAUUCUGACCAGAGUGUCACAUCGUCGGGCCGACCGUUCGCUCACAUGGAGUUGGAGAGUGGACUCUACCCGUUGUUGCAAUGAUGCUCAUUUUAUGUGGAUAGCCAUGACCGCACUGGAACAAGUAUCGUCGACUUGAACUGCUAUACGAGCUCCGACGCCCUAAAGCAAAAGUCUAUAAACGAAGGACUCAGAGGUGAAGCAUCGUUCGGGUAUAGUCACCUCGAAUUCUUCAUAGUAUGUGCCGGUCAAGCAUUCUCGACCCCUGCAGCCGUUUGGAGAGGGCUGAAAGCGGACGCAGGGCUCUGAAGAAUCGACAAUUUGAGGCAGUCGGACGGUGGAUUGAAAACUAACCGAUUAGUUUGGUUCAAUGGCGCUCCACCUGGGGGAAGGCCCGGCAAUAGGGGCCUGAGGGACAUGAAUCGCUUCCGAUCAUGUCCGUGUGUCUCUGGAGUACGCGUGCACGUCAGAGAAAAACUCUGGUCGAGUGAAUCAACGAUUGACUGCCCAGCGAUCGAAGGUGUGGUUUUGUCAAGACAGCUGUCACUUCACAGUAGCCAGCUGAAUCCGAACUACAGUAUAUGUUCCACCCUUAUGUGACAAGCAGGUAAGCAAGAAAAAGCAGGAUAACAUUCUCUGAGUGGGCAGGCCUCGACACCAUGUCAUGCGGCAGCCCGUACCUCGGUCAGUCAACGUUCGUCCUAUCGACGUGGAAGCAACAUGAAGCUUGGCACUUAGGGUUUGAGCCAUGGAGGUCCCACCCAGCUCAUCUUGAAUCAUUCGAGGUACGAGUAUGGAUAGAGGACAGAGCAAAAGCAAGGAAGAAGUGAUGGGACAACUACGCCCAGUCCGGAGUACUUACAGUAGUGUACGAACGAAUACGAGCGACAACAUUAGGUACGGAGUGCGAGUAUGGGUCACUUGCUUGUCGCAUUCUCACUACGAGGCGAAUUAGUCCGUCAUAGCGGUUGCAAGAUGUUUUGGCGGUCAAGACAGGUGUGUCCAUAUGUACAACUAGAGUAGGAAGCACUGACCAAGUCCUCGUAUUGCCGAAGGGCGAAUCCGGUGGGCGACUUGCUGGUGAGGUCAGUCCCCAGGUGCCCAGGGAGGUCAUCGGUGCGGAUGCGUUUACGCGUCACGGUGAGGGAGAUUCGGGCUACGACAGAGUAGGAACUGGGUCCUGGUACUAAUUAGAUGCUGCUUAAAGGGUUGCUCGUUGUAGGCAUUCGCAUAGUAGAUCUUACUGCCCAACACUGACACAGCCAAUCUGUGUACGUGAGCCCCUG